AUGAAGCUCUUUAAAGUCGCUGAUACGCCCAUUGCUGACGAGAUUGCAACGUACUUGGGCGUUAAACUGAACGACAUGGAGGUCAAGAACUUCAACGACGGCGAGACAAGUGUGAUUGUCAACGAGAACGUGCGUGGCAAACGCGUCUACAUUGUGAGCUCGACGACCACAGUGGAUCGGUUGAUGGAGCUCCUGCUGGCGAUCGCGGCCAUGCGUCGUGCUUCUGCCAAGAAAAUCACAGCGGUGAUCCCGUUUUACGGCUACGCGCGAAUGGAUUUGAUGCACAAGGGCCGUGAGCCAAUUGCUGCUGCCGAUAUUGCACGCAUGCUUGAAACUAUGGGCGUUGACCACGUCGUGUCGGUGGACCUUCACAGCGCGCAGAUCGAAGGUUUUUUCAAGCCGCAGAUCCCAGUGGACAAUCUCCGGGCUUUUCCUGUAGGUGCCGUAUACUUUUCGGAGCAAACGCUGGGUAAACCGAUUGUCGUAGCGCCGCACUCGGCUGCUGUCAACCGAGCCGCUACAUUCCGCGACACUCUCUCGCGCACAAUCGACGAGUUUGUGCCAUUGGCGUUCGUGAUCCGCAAACACCAGCUCGACGAGGAUCAACCUGGCGAGCUGGUGGGUGACGUCAAAGGCAAGGACUGCAUCGUUGUGGAUACGCUCGUGGACACUGGGUCCACUUUGACGAAAACCGCCAAACUGCUCAAGGCCAAUGGCGCUAGGACUGUGUCAGCUUUCGCAGUGCACGCUCGCUACUCUGCUCAUGCCGUGCAAACGCUACAGGAGUGCAAGGAAUUGGACAAACUAGUGACGACCAACACCAUUCCCAUGCACAUGAACACGAACGAGAUGGCGCCAAAGAUCGUGACGCUGUCUGUCGCGCCGUUUAUUGCUGAAGUCAUUUCGUGUAUCCACACGAAGAGCUCCAUUAUCCAAGUGUCCAAGACGAAAUAG